UAACCAUGUUCCGUCCUUGCACAAUGCAAUUUUUUUCCUUCUCUCUCACAUUUUGGGUUUUAAUCUCUCUCUGUAAAACCCUACCAAAAUCCUUCACCAUCAACAAUGAAACAUUUUUGGAGAUUCACUUUGAAAGCAUCAAAAUCUUCCAAAUUCAACCAAUUGCAUACCCUUUCAAAUCCCACAUUCAUCAAAAGAUAUUCGAAUUCCAAUACGCCGCAAAAUCCAAACAAGGUCUUAGACCUAGUUUCAUUUCUCAAACCUUCAACAUCCAUUCCAAAUCCAGAAUCCACAGAACAAAUACCAAACCAAGCCUUAGACCUUGUUUCACUGUUCAAACCUCUAAAUCAAGAGGAUAAAGUCGCAAUUUUGGUCAAAGAUUUGAUUUGUGUAGCUUCUGAUUCUGUUAGUGUUACGUCUAUUUUGGAUGAGAAUUCUGAAUUUUUGAUUGGAUCUCACCCUGUUUAUAUUCAACUUUUGAAUCAAUUGGAUUCAAAACCUUCCCUUUUACUUGAGGUGAUUAAUUGGAGAAGGAAGAGAAAGGUAUCUUUUUCUGAUGCUUGCAGGAAUUCCAUGCAGGCACAUGAGUAUUCAAAGGGCAUUAAAGCGGCAGGAAGAUCUAGGAAUAUUGAUCUUGCUGUUGCGCUAUUUAAGGAGGCAGAAUUUAAGGGUGUGAAGAUAACCAGCACUUACAAUGCACUAAUGGGUGCUUAUAUGUUCAAUGGUCUUUCUGAUAAAUGCUACUCUUUGUUUCUUGACAUGAAAAAGGAUCCAACUUGCUUUCCUUCUGUUGCUACGUACAAUAUUGUUAUAUCUGUUUUUGGUCGCUUGAUGCUCAUUGAUCACAUGGAAGCAACAUUCAAGGAGAUGAAUGAGUUACCCCUCGCACCUAAUAUAUCCACUUAUAAUUAUUUAAUUGGUGGAUACAUCUCCACUUGGAUGUGGGGUGAUAUGGAGAGAGUUUUUCAAGUGUUAAAUUCAGGCCCUGUUGAGCCUAAUAUGAAAACUUACCUGUUAAUGAUUCGUGGUUAUGCACACUUGGGUAAUCUGGAGAAGAUGGAAAAGAUAUAUUCACUGGUAAAGGAUAAUGUAAACGACAUGCCGAUUAUCAGGGUUAUGAUAUGUGCCUAUUGCAAAAGUUCUGAUGCAGAUAAAAUGAAUAAAGUAAAGGCGUUGUUAAAGUUGAUCCCUGAAAAAGAAUACAGGCCAUGGUUAAAUGUGUUGUUGAUUAAGCUUUAUGCCGAGGGGAACUGUUUAGAGGAAAUGGAUAAUGCAAUAAACGAGGCAUUUGAGCGCAGAACCGUUGUUACGACCAUGGGUAUUAUGAGGUGCAUAAUUACAGCUUAUUUUCGGAACAAUGCGAUAGAAAGCCUUGAAAAAUUCACCAGACGUUCUGUACUUGCAGGGUGGAGAAUGUGCUACUCCUUGUAUCAUUCUAAGCUGGUCAUGUAUGGUUCACAAAAGAACCUUAGAGAAAUGCAAAAUGUCCUUGAGGAAAUGGAUAGCGUCAACAUACAACGCACCAAGAAAACAAUGUGGAUAAUGUACAAAGCUUACUGGAAUUGUGGUCAGAGAUCCAUGGUUUUGAAAAUAUUGGGACAAAUGUUCAAGCAUGGUCAUGAAGUUCCCAUUGAUGCAUUUCCAUCAUAAUUUAUAUUGCUGAGGUGCAUCACAUAUGUCAUUACUGUAGCUAUAAACAUGUUCUGUAGAUAAACACGAAGAUAUUCCUGAAUUAGAUAAACACGAAGAUAUUCCUGAAUUUGUCUACAGUUUUAGGAAAAAGGGCCUGCAACUCGUUGAAUAUAUUUGAUGAUUGGAUUGGAUUGCGUUCAAGGAAUUUCUGUAAAUAUGGUUAUACAUGAUCUUUUUAUUAUUUAUUUUUCUUACCAAAUGGACUUCUUCAGCGAGGGGUUACAAUCUCAAAUAAUCUGCAGGCAUGCAUCAAUUCGCUGCUAGUAAUAAAAGCAAGCCUUGUAAGGGUGAAUUUGCAAUUUAGGUCUAAUUUUUCUGAAAUGAACGCACUGCUCACCAAAUACCACCAAGGUUGAAUGAGCCAAUGCAGAACAUGGCCUCUGUUGUGAUGGAACAUGAUAGUGAAGAUGGAGGUAAAUUAGACAGUCCUGAUCCAAAACCAUUUGCUACCUGCAGUUCAUGAGAUGUCAGAGAAGCAAACAUGCACAACAAAUUUAUUCAUUCCAUCUUAGAGUGUGAUGGCUUCAUAUGUUGUCAAUGACUGCCACUGCCAGAGACAUCUUCAUUCAGUUUUGAUUAAGGUGAUUGAACAAAAUCAAGUUUGUCUGAAAAGAAUAUGUGGAAAAGAGUACCGAAGAAACUCAUGCUCUUGAGAUUGUUCAGUGUCAAGGUCCGUGGGAGAUAGAUACUUGAAACCAUGGAUAAUUCCACUACGCAAAGUCAGUAAAGGAAAGGUGCCAUAUUCUAGCCGGUGAUUGUUUAUGGGAUGUGAUGACAAAUGAAAAACUUGUGAUGUUACUAAAAAAUGAAUCCUUCUUUGGCGUUAGUAAAAUGAUAAUGAUUUAUCAACCGGACUAGGCAAUGUAGUUGAUCCUGCUGCUCGGUAUGCUAGAGUUCAAGAGAAAAACAACCUUGUAAGAGUCCAAAAUUUGCCUUUCAAAGGGGAGGCAAAGAUACGGAUUUGAAGGCUCAGACAGUUCAAGAGAAAAACGUAUUUACAUCCAUACUACAUUUUUUCUUCUUCAAAUAUCAGGCAAAGAUGAUACUCUUCUUUAGGAAUGUUUAUGGCUAUACUACAUUUUUUCUUCAAGUAUUUCUCAGUUGCAGCAUGUUUAUUUAGCCCUUCAGUUUUUCAUGGAUUCAAUCCAUUUUACAUACACUUAAUUUACAGUACUAUAAUGUUAAGGGUUAUUUCUAAAUGACAUCAUACUAUGAAA